UUCAUUCACUGUUCAUUCAUGCAAUGAACAUUUGACAUUUUGAUCUGUGUGUAAAACAACAAUUUAUUCGACCAGAUUUUUCAACUUUAAUUAAUUUCUGAGAAAUUUCAAAGGAAACUGUGCGAUCAACAAAGAAUAUCGAACAAAAAUUAACUGAUAAGAUGGCUGAUUCAACCAAGGAAGUCGUACCACCUGGCUGGGAGAAAAGACUUAGUCGAUCUACAGGCAUUCACUAUUACCUGAACCUUCAUACCAAAGAAUCACAAUGGGAAUGUCCCACAGAAAGCGCUGAAGCAGUUCCAUCCAGCAAUCCAGAGAAAGUUCAAGCGUCACACCUUUUAGUAAAACAUAAUAAAAGCCGACGACCUAGUUCGUGGCGAGAGGACGACAUUACCCGAACUAAAGAGGAGGCUCGAAAAAUCUUACAAGGAUACCAUGAAAGGAUUCUUUCCGGUGAGGUAACAUUGGCUCAACUCGCACAAAAAUAUUCCGAUUGCAGUUCGGCUAAACGUGGCGGUGACUUGGGCCCGUUCGGCAGAGGUGCCAUGCAAAAACCAUUCGAGGAUGCCACAUUUGCGUUGAAAGUAGGCGAAUUAUCGGACAUCGUUGAAACCGAUUCUGGGCUGCAUUUGAUUGAACGUACCCAAUAAGAUGUCAUUCGGAUUUUCAUUCAAAUUU